UACAGCACAGCAAAGCACCUCAGUGCUCAGUAACCUGACCAUCUGCAAUCCAGAGGAAUAGUCACUAACCAGACACAGGAAAAAGGCUUGUAAGGUGAAAACUCUCCGAUCAAUUAAACAGUCUCUGUCCUUCGAUACACAGAGUCAGUGAUUUUGAAUCUUGCUUUUAUCCUAUGACAUAUUAUGCUCAACUAAUUACCAGCAACAAGACAAGUUUUUCAACUGUUAACCUUAUGAAAAUACAAGACGAAUGGGCACUGCUGGAAUGGAGAAAGCUGAUUGCCUGAAAACAAUCUCAAUCCUGGCUGCUAUUAUUUUCCUAUUGCUUCUGUUUGAUGAUGCAGGUUCUGAGAGACUAUUCCACAAUCGAGAUCAUUCAGAUAUUGAGCUGCCGCAUCAUCCACAAGCUGAUCCUAUCCUGAGCCCUGAAGAAGCCCAGCAAUACCUUGUAAAAUAUGGCUGGGUGGCCCCAGUUCAUUGGGAAGAACAGACUUACCCUGAAAUCCCAGAGUUUGACCAAGCUCCACAAGAUGUCUCACAGGCGAUAUUAGAAGGACAGUCUUCAGAGCGUCAUAGUUUGAACACAACCAAAAAGGUUGAAUUAAACCCAUUGUUUUCCGAAUCACUGAAAAAAUUUCAGGAAGCUAAUGGGCUCAAUGCUACAGGAAUCCUUGACAGCGCUACAAAGAUAGCCAUGAACAAACCCCGCUGUGGUGUCCCUGAUCACAAAGCCCCUUCAAAACGUGGAAAAAAUGGGACUUUGAGUCUCAUUGCUGAAGAGAAUGAUUCCCAUCAUAAUAACUCACAAAUGGAGAGAACCCAACGACAAAAGAGAAGUCUGCUUUCCAAAAUUGUGGAACACCACAGAAGGAAACGAGAUAGCAAGGGAACUUUGGGAACCAGCAAUUCUUUGAGUUUUUCUAAAAACACACUUAAAUGGAGGCUAAUGGGAGAAGGGUAUAGCAUGCAGCUGACCAUUGAACAGCAGAGAAAGAUACUCAAGAAGGCUUUUCGGAUGUGGAGUGAGGUGAUCCCGCUACAAUUUGUAGAAGACCUCAAUGGAGAUGAUGUAGACAUUCGGGUUGGCUUUGGCACAGGACAGCACCUUGGUUGCUCCCAGGCAUUUGAUGGAGAAGGGCAGCAAUUUGCUCAUGCCUGGUACCUAGGAGAUAUUCAUUUUGACGAUGAUGAACAUUUUGUUGGGUUAUCGAGUGAGCAUGGGAUCAGCCUUCUAAAGGUUGCAGUACAUGAAAUCGGUCAUGCUCUUGGACUGCCUCAUAUUAACCGUUUGGGGUCAGUGAUGCAACCAAAUUAUAUUCCACAAGAAGGGAAGUUUGAGCUGAACUGGGAAGACAGGAAAGCAGUCCAGGAGAAAUAUGGUUCCUGUGAUGGGAGUUUCAGCACUGUUUUCGACUGGGUGAGAAAAGAGAGGACUUCACGAGGAGAGAUUUAUAGAUUCAAUACUUACUUUUUUAAGACUGGCUGGUAUUGGAUGUAUGAGAACAAUGGCAACCGGACACGAUUUGGUGAUCCUCGGCCUAUCACAGCAGGUUGGAUGGGGAUUCCAGCGAAAGGCAUUGAUGCCUAUGUACAUGUGUGGAACUGGAAUAUUGAUGCACAGUAUUUUUUUAAAGGCGCACAAGUCUGGCGCUAUGACCCAGAGAAGGAUAUGGCAUUUACGGAAGAUUGGAGAAAAAAGAAGUAUCCGCAGCUCAUUUCUGAGGCAUUUCCAGGAGUUCCAAAUCCAGUGGAUGCAGCAUUCUUUGACAGGAAGGAUCGUCUCAUUUAUUUUUUCUCAGAAAAUAAUGUAACUGCGUUUAGCAUUGAAAGGAAUAAAAAAGUGGAGCAUUACCCCAAACGCAUCAUUGAUGUAUUUCCGCCAGUUGAUCCCACAGAUCAUCCUAAAGCCUACAUCGAUGCUGUCUAUUUUUCCUACACUCAUAUGUCAACAUACUUUAUUAAAGACAAGUACUUCUGGAAAGUGGUCAGUGAUCAAGAAAGACAGGCCAAUUCAUCACUGCCUCUCAAUGGACUUUGGCCCAAAAAGAAAAUCAAUUCUAAGUGGUUUGAUAUUUGUGAUGUCCAUCCUUCUGUCCUCUCACUGGGAACAUAAACAAGAACCGUCAUGCUUUGUGUGUACUAGCACUUCAAUGGAAAAAAUCAACACUUUGUUUAUAGAAAAAAAAUUCUAUCUUCUCCCAAUGCUGAACUAUUAACAAACAAGCCAGUCCAUCCUGGCAGGGCUAAUGAACUAAUGAAACGGCAAAGUCUUUAAACAUAGUUUGGACCAGUUGUUAAACACUUGCAAUUGUUUAUCUCUUUUUAACCCCUCUGUGACAACUGGUUUGGCAAAUCACGACAGUUUUAAAAAAUCAUGCAUUACAAAAGUUCAAAGUAGAUCUCUCAUUUUUUUUCCUCUAAAUAAUAAAAUUAUUCUCGUAAAUCUUUUAAUAUGUUACAAAGAACAUGGCUCCACCAUUUCCAUAUGUGGCUCUGCUGUUGAUCAAAAAGAAGGUAGCAAAUUACAAAUGUAAUUUAAAAAAAAAUGUAAUGCCAGAAAAAUUUAAAAAUGACUCCAAACAUCGCAAAUAUAAAGGCCUCUGAUAUGAAAAUGUGCAUGUGUGCAGUGUUUUUCCAUAUGUGAAUGUUGUGUAUAACUAGUAUUCGAAAAAAAAUGUAUUUCUGUGUGUAGUGUGAGGCUUGUUGUGUAGAUGCACAGCUUGUACCAUACAUGUAUUUAUGUGUGUAGAAUAGAUAUAUGUAGUGUACAGAGGCAUGUAUAUAUAGUGUGGGGAAUGCAUGUAUAUUGUGAGUAGAUGGAUGUAUGCAGUGAUUACAUAUAUGUAUGUUGCAUGUAGUUAUAUAUAAGGUAUGUGUACAUGAAUGUGUACUUUGUGUAUGAAUGCAUGUAUUUUGGUAUAAAUGCAUAAACAGGUGUACACUAUAAAUACAUUUUUACAAAUUAUUUUUUUCUCAUAUUGCUGAUUUUUGCUAUACAAAUAGGAAUUAGAUGUCCAGCUAUAUAUUAGAAUAUGGACACAUGAUACAUGCACAUUAAAUUACAAUUUGAAAACUGCAAAAACAUAUUGCCUUUCCUUUUCGGUCCCAUUUCAAUGAUAUUAGUCUAAUAACCUUCCAUAUUGUAGUGCAUUUCUCAGCAUCCUUGACCAAUGAUGUAAAUCCAUCUUCUCUUCCAGUCCCUGUCUCUUCAUCUCCCGAGUCUCGGCCCAGCAGCAAUUUUACUUAGGAUGCUCUGUAUCAUAUGUACAUCACUCCACUGUGCCAACACUGAUAGCUGGUUAAGUUGAUGUGUGUAUCGUUUACAGUUACUUUUUCACCCCUAUACUCCGAAAUUAAUUCUCUUUCCAUUUUCCCCUUUUUUUCCCACUAAUCUCCUUUUCCCUUUCAUACUCAGUCAGCCACAUCUACUACCUUCUCUCCCAGCCAGCCAUAUCUCCAGUCCUCAUCACCUUUUUAGAAUAUAUAUCUCUUUCCUUUCUCUUCUCUGCUUUUCUUCCCCAGGCAGACAUAUCUGCAGACAUCUUACCUCUUCAAUCACCUUAUAUGUAACCCUCCUCGCUCCACUGAAUCCCCAAUCACACAUCACCAGACUCAUUUUCUCUCCCCUCCAAGAUCUAUCCUUGUUUGCCCAGACCCUCUCCGCCGUCCUCCUUGCCCAGUCCCUUUACUGCCACAACGAUUCCCUCCUCUCUCACUUCCUUCAUCUUAUAACCUAUCCCCUCGCUCUUCUCCAACCACAGCCAACUGAUUAUUCAACUCAUUCCCUCCUCUCCAUGCCCACAGACCUCUUUGCCUACCCCAUUCCCUCCUAUGACUGCCAAGCCAACUAUUGUCUGCUUAAAAUGAAUAAACCUCCUUGUGCUAACCCUUUCCUCCUCAGUAACAAAAAGAUAGACUUCUCUAAUAGAGUAUCUCUCCUAUAACAAAUCCUACGAUUUCCUCUUCAGCAAGGUCAUCACUUGGAUAUCUUAGACAAUCCUCUGUCUCUCACUGAAGUCAACAAUAGACGUAACGUAAAUAAGCAACACUAUAGAAGUAUAUCAGUUUACAUGAUGUAACACAUCUGUCAAUUUGGCCCACUUUUUUAAGACAUAAAAGACAGCCAACCUGCUUUUUUCUGGUGUUGUCGAUGUAGGCCAACAUUUUUUUUUUUUUACCAAUAAUAUGGUUUUCCUCCAGUACUGUACUCUCUUUGUACACACAUAUGUAUUCAAAUGAAAGUCCAUUUUUCUCAUACAGUAAGUUAACCCACUUCAAUUCCUCAGCCAAUCUGUCAUGUAAGCCACAAACCAGAUAAUAACUUAAGGGAGUUUAAUCACUAACCCAGGAAAUGAAUUACAGUCAAAGAGAAUACUAAUUGAGCCAAAACGACACAUUGGAGAAAUUCUCUAACAGUUAUAUUUUGAUUUUAAUCCCCUGGUUAUUUGUACACAAUUCCUGGUUUGGUGAAAAAACUAAUACUAUUUUUCUUCUGAAACUGCAUUUUGUAAUGAUAUUUUUUUGUAAUGAUUUUUCUGACCCAGUAGUUUAAUGCUGCUAAAAUGUAACUGGAAUUAAAAAAAGAAACUGAAAACAAGAAAAACUAAAUGGAAAGAAAAAAAAAACAAUAUUUAUUUAUCCAUUUUGCAAGUAUUUAUGUUUAUGUUUUGUAAGCCUUUAUUUUUAUAUCAGAGAGGAUAGCAAAAUUAUGCUCGCCUCCUUUUUUAUCUAUAAUAUGUGUAAUAAUUAAUCACUCGACAAUGAUGCAAAGGGACUUCAUGUUUGAUUAGAAACAGAGGUUUUAUGCGUUGCUUUAACAGAUUGGUAAGAAUGAGUAUCAGUUGUUUUCUUAUUUUAUGGAAAAUAUACCAUUCUUUAAGCAGGGUACUGGAUAAGAUGUUUAACUUAGAGUACAGAUUAUCCAAGUUAUUAGUGCUAUUCACAGAAAUCAUCAAAUAUAUGUUCAUCAUUAUAUAUUUGAGUAAUUGUACCUAAAAAUAUGGUAUGUUGUGUUUCUUUUUAAAUGAACCAAUACUGAAGUGCAUACACAGUAUACAACAGUACAAUGUUCAGUUUGAACCGGAAGUAUGCUUAUUGCACAUACUAUAACUCUUUUUUAAUGACCCUAAAAGUUUUUGACGUGACAAUUAAUGUUGAGAAUGGAAUCACUGGUUAACUUUCUCCCUGGCAUAGUCCUGAAUUUGCUUUCUUUGGGCGCUUCCUACGUUUGAUUAACUUACUAUUAAUAUGACAAUCACCUGCUCUAAUUUUAAUGAUGAGCUUGGUGUAGAUAACAUAAUCAUAACAUAUAUGGUUAACAUGUAACUUCCUUAAUAAAUGAAAUGGAAAUA